AUGAAGUUCCUUACUUUCUCUGCUAUUGGCGCUCUUGCUGUUGCUUCUGCUCAAGCUUCUACUGCGACUCCCAAGCGUGGUUUUGCCACAGCUAUGGAUUUCAGUAACUCCACUUUUUCUAGCUUGGAAAGACGUGAUCGUGCUACCUGGUACAAUGGUGCUGAUUUGAAGCACGCUGCCUGCUAUGGUCGUAAGGGUCUUCCCAAGUACUCUGCUCACGAAGACGAUAUGGUCGGUGCUAUGGCCAUGAAAGGUUAUGAACAAUGCUACAAGUGUAUGAAGAUUACCAAUGAAAAGCACAAGAACAGACAUAUUGUUGUAAAGAUUGUCGACCAGUGUGCUGGCUGUAAGCGUAACAAGCAUAUCGAUUUGACACCUCGUGCCUUCAAAAAGCUUGCUGAUUUGAAUGAUGGUAUUGUCGAGAUCUCCUGGAAGGAAGUUGAUUGUCCUCAUGGCGUUGGACCCAAGGCGGGUAAAGCCUAA